AUGUACCAGUUCGUGUUAAUUGCCCGCUUUAAGGAAUGCCUACCGUUAUUACGAAAAGCGAUAGAAAACAAUGAAUCCGCUACCAUUCUUAAUAUUACCGGUCGUAAAGGUUCAAUCGAAUUGUGUCCGGGAACGGAACGUCUUCAUGGAAACUAUGCGUACAUGUGCAGUAAGACGGCUGUGAAUCUCCUAACUCGAAUCUUAUCCAUUGAACACCCGGAGAUUCUCAGUGUCGCAGUGUGUCCCGGAUGGAACAGAACAGAUAUGGGCGGACCUGAAUGGCUUUCUAUUGAUUUGGUGCUUAUUUUGAUCAGUCCCCCUUCUUCGGCGACUUUCCAGGGAAUGAGCGAUCCAUCACAGUCGGCACCUAUUCUUCUGGACACUGUAGAUGGAAUGACAAUUACCGAUCAUUCUGGAAAAUACCUCGAUCGUAAAGGACGAACUAUACCUUAUUGA